AUGAAGUUCCUCCGCCUCGCCACCCUCGCCGCCACGGUCUCGGCCGCGCCCUUCCUUGCCGACAACGUCAAGGGAGCCGCCCAGGACACCGCCGACUCCGUCGACCAAACCGCCCACUCCCUCGGCAGCGGCCUCGGCGACCGGAUCCCCACCUUCGCCAACGACGCCGCCGACAGGCUCGCCUCGCGCCAGGACGCCGUGACGGGCGAGGAGCUGCCCCACGCCAUGCUCGACAACGAGCCCUUCGAGGAGGUCGCCGACGACGCCGCGGCCGACAAGCCCCUCCUCGUCGGGCCCGACACGCCCCUCACCCCCGAGGGCUACCGGCACGAGCAGCAGCAGCACAACAACAACAACAACAACGUCGGCGAGGACCUCCAGGACACGGUCGACCGCGUCGUCGGCAAGGCGAGCAAGGUCCGCCCCCCGCACAGGAACACCAAGGCGAGGAGGGACCUCAUCACCCCCAACUGGGGUGUCAACGACGCGGCGUCGCAGAUGCUCAACACGGCGCUGACGGGCGUCCGUGGCGGCCACCAGUAA